CCACUGAUAGCACGUAGGCAAAACUUCUGAUAAUGUUGUGAGUAGUUACUACUUAAAACAGUCACUGUCUGGACGCACCGAUAAACCAGCGAGUCUUUCUCCUACGGAAUGGCGUCAAUUGUCUUCUUUUCGGUAAAGAAAACUGCUCAGACUUCAAGACGGCUGAGUUCACAUUUAAAGGAUCUUGCUAAUUCAGGAGACUCUGGGUGGUUAUCAUUCGCCACUCACAACACGUCAGCGUCUCCGUUUCCGGGAGCAAGAUGGUUUUCCAGGGGUCCGGGUGUACGGUUCAUGUCCCAUGGGACCGCAGGCAGGUCCGCUGCAGGACGAACCAGAAGGGGAGCCCUAGCGCUCGGCGGAGCCGCGGUGGUAACAGCGGCGGCGGCGGUAGCGGGGUUUUUGGCCAACGCUGACCACUUCCAGCGGGCAGAGAUGGCAACAAUGGUCCCCCGAGCCGUCGAGAAGACGAAAGAAGAGGAGGGGGACAUCGUGGAGAGAUGCCGGGGCUUCAUGUCUGCUCCAGUGACUGACAUCAGUGUGCUGCAGGAAAGGAAGGAGGAGAUGAGCACCAAGAUGGAGAUGCUGAUCAUGGAGACUCAGGCCGAGUUUUGUAAAGCCCUGCAGGAGGUGGAUGGUGGGACAUUCAAGGUGGACCGGUGGGACAGAAAKGAAGGUGGUGGGGGAAUCAGUUGUGUGAUGCAGGAUGGAAAAGUGUUUGAAAAGGCAGGAGUCAAUGUGUCCGUGGUGUUUGGGCACCUGACCGAGGAGGCUGCGAAGCAAAUGAGGAGCAGAGGAAAAGUCCUCAAAGGGAAAGAUGGUAAGCUGCCGUUUUGUGCCAUGGGUGUGAGCUCCGUUAUCCACCCGAAGAACCCCCACAUACCCACAGUGCACUUCAACUACCGGUACUUUGAGCUUGAAGAGGAGGACGGCACCAAGCAGUGGUGGUUUGGUGGAGGAACAGAUCUGACCCCGGUGUACAUUAAUAAAGAAGAUGGCCUUCACUUCCAUAAAACACUGAAGGACGCCUGUGACAAGCAUCACCCUCAAUAUUACCCAGACUUCAAAAAAUGGUGUGACCGGUACUUCUACAUCCGCCACAGAGGAGAGACCCGUGGCAUUGGAGGGAUCUUCUUCGAUGACCUGGACUCCCCAAGUCAGGAAGAGGCGUUCAACUUCGUCAAGAGCUGCGCGCGCACCGUGGUGCCUUGCUACCUUCCCAUAGUCUACAAACAUCUCAACGACUCCUUCACUGCUGAGGAGAAGAACUGGCAGCAGAUACGGCGAGGGAGGUAUGUGGAGUUCAACCUGGUGUACGACCGGGGAGUGAAGUUCGGCCUGGCCACGCCUGGCUCCAGAAUCGAGAGCAUCCUCAUGUCCCUCCCCCUCACAGCCACGUGGGAGUACAUGCACGAACCCGCUAAAGGUUCCCGGGAGGCAGAGAUGAUCGAGGUGCUCCGAAACCCAAAGGAGUGGGUGUGAGCAAUGUUCAGGUUUACAACCCUUCAUUGUUGGAUUUUUUUUUUUUUUUUGAAGCAGUGACCUGUUUAACAAAAAUAUCAUAUUGCAUGGCAGUUAUCAGAAUUCACUUUCUUGGUAAUGGCUCUGAUUGUUUGUUUUGUCAGACCAUCCUUGUUAAAACUUGACAAAAGAGAUUUUAUUAAUGAAGGACAUUUGUGCCAUUCUCUCUGACAGAAUAAAGACCAAAAAAUAUUUUUUCAUGUGACCUACUUUUGGGUCCUCUUGAUUUGAUGAUUUGCUCACUUGAGCUAUUAUUUUUGUCAUGUCAAAAAUGUCAAAACUCUUAAUUUCCUCAACUGAUAAUUAAUGAAGCACUGAAAGCGGGGGCAGCUGAUAAUUGUGUUACUACUGAAAUGUGAAAUUUAAAAAAAAAAUUAAACCACUUAUGUAUGCUUAAAACCAUUUUGUGUUUGUACAAUCUGAUUCUCAAGUAAGAGCUAAUUGUUCCCACGA